AUGGCGACAACUGGGACAGCAGUAGCACGUUCGUCGCUCGAUAAUCCAGAGCUAAACGACCAGAUUGAAAAGGCAAAAACACUUGUUGCUUCAUUUGCAAGCAAGCCAUUGAGCAUUGCAGAUGCCGAAGGCAAAUUUUCGCAGAAGAUCAGCGCCUUCAACGAGAUCGAGCCCGCCACUGCCUUCACACCACGACAUGCCCCACAGCAUGUUUCAGCUGAAGUAGAGGCACAACUAUCUUUUCUCCGAAAACUCAAGUUCCUGUACUUGGAGCAAUAUGCAAAGGACAAAUACAUCAAGACGAUAGUGGAUGAUGAUGCCGAAAUUAUCACGGUCGAUGAUAACGAAGCUCUCCGGCGGAGCAGCGAGGUCAAGAAGGCGAAUCUAAAGGUGGCUAAGGAGCGUCUCACGGAGCGAAACAAACAGUUCAACGAGCUCGCUUCCGAUGUCGAAGACAAAUACGGAACCGCUAAAUCUCUCACCGAUGAAUUCACGCAACUAACAUCCCAAAUUCUCGACGCGCGACACGCCAUCGUCCGACUUCGCGCCGCUCAUCCUCCCGGAUCACGCCUCUCAGUUGCCUCUGCUAAUGCGACGCUUGAGACGCAGACAGAACAAAUGACAGCACUUGAUGCACAGCUGUCCGACAAUGCACUACGUGCUGACAGGUUGAAGGAGCGCAUGCAAGAAGCAGCGCGUGACGUCGAACGACUUCGCCUUGAACGUGCUGCAAAGGAAGACCAAGCACGUCGGACAAAAGUGGAAGAAGAAGACGAGCGCGUCGGCGGAUUAUACGAUUGGCUGAUAGCCUGCCUCACCCUCCAUCGCAUGCUCUUCUCGCUCGUAUCACAUAAAGCAGUCGCAGAAAACGAGCUGACCCUCACCUACUCCGUGCCUGCCCACCCAACCUCCCAAACAUCAGAACUCACACAACUUACUAUUACGCUUCUCUUCCACCCCAAUACACGUAUAUUAGCAGACGCAUCAAUCAGCUCUCCUGAUCAACAUCUUGCAAACCUGAACCUUGCAGACCUGAUCGGGAGUCAUGUACAAUCAAAUGACGUUCUAGGUCUCAUCCGUGGUAUACUAGCACGUGUCCGCCAUGGAGCGUGAGUAUCCCAUACGGAAUUUGCCGAGAUCCCGUUCCCUUGCUUCAGCCACUCCAUUUAGACUUGGAUGGUAAUUAUUAUCUCUAUGUGUUUGAUUUAGUACAACCAAUCGAAAGCUCCUAUGACUUGAUAUUUUAUGCCGAGUUAUUAAUGUUCAUGUUCUUCGGCUGCC